AUGGCUCUGGAUCCUCACUUCACCGUCUACAGGUAUGACGCGUACACCAAGCACCUGCAGCCCGAGGCCAUCAGCGAUAUCAUGUCCAUCACCCCCCGUGAGAAGCACACCGGGCUUGGGAGUUACGGACUGAGUCCUGCUUGCCGGGCCGUCGUCUGGGCUGUCUUGAGGGGCAUGAAGGACCCCCUUUCGAAAUGGGCGGCAAAAGAGAAUAUCAUCAUCCCUGAUCUUCACAAGCCCUUGUUCCGGCCCGAGGCCUUCCGCCUCGAGCCGGGCAGUGGUCUCUGGCCGAGCCCAGGUCGCGUCGUGGUCCUGAUGCCUCUGAGCACUGGGAGGGCCAGCGUCGAAGUGAUGCCCCGGGGCACAAACUACUGCAUCCCCACCCGUUGGGCGCCCGGCUUGGUGCUCUUUCUGAACGAGACGGGCAUACGGUUCACGGGGAACGGGUGCCUGCGCUUCAUUUACAUUAUGCUCCACAAGUCUCCGUUGCCGCAGAAGACGAAGGAGACGAAGAAGGCGAAGGAGACGAAGAAGACGAAGGAGACGAAGGAGACGAAGAUGAUGAAGAUGAUGAAGAAGUAUCGGUUCCGGUACUACAACGCAUGA